UGACAAGCAUACGCAAGUCUUCGUAACGGUUCGGGGAACAUUCCUUUAUCAAUCGCCCGCACGCCUAGUGAUUUCCUAUUCUUCCUCCGUUCCCAUUACCUGUUGCGUGAGCAGCCAGAUGGCUGCUACAACAUCUGCUGUGUUGGUGUCUUCAGGGGCCACUACUCCUGCGGCCUCAUCGAUAGACAUCAAUAACGUCGAGGCAAAUGAAUCAAGCUCUGAUCCGUUCAGGUACAGUCACGGCCUGACUGGUGUCGACCAGCCUGCGAAUUAUCUUUACGUCAAUCUUCUCAUCACAACUGUCUUUACUAUCGUACUCCUUACUAUCGCCUACCGCAUCCUCACCGCUAUCCAGCGUGAUCGACGACAGGUCACAGCUAUCAAUUCUCCACCAACCUUCAAUCAGGACUUCUGGGCUAAGAAUCGAUUCUUCUGGUGGGGGGAUUUUAAGAGAUAUCUAGUCUAUUCCCCACUAUGGAGAACACGCCACAACCGCGAAUUCCAGAUCUCGAACGCUGUCGGCAUGGGGACACUCCCAUCCAGACUGCAGCUCAUAAUUAUGGUUGUAUACAGUGUGAGCAACUUAAUCUACUGCUUCAGGAUCCCGGAACCACCAGAGCACGAUGACUUCCACAACAAGAAAGAGAUCGCAGCUUUCAGGGGACGCUGUGGGUCGCUGGCAGCAUUCAACAUAAUCCUGACCAUACUUUUUGCCCUUCGAAACAAUCCCUUCAUCUGGUUACUUCAUAUCAGCUAUGACACAUUUAAUCUCUUCCACCGGUGGACGGCUCGCCUUGUCUUCCUAGAGUCUGUCGGGCACGUUGGAGCUUGGAUGUUAAACACCUACCGGACGUCAGACGAUGGAAUGGGCAAGAUGAAAAGCAUUAAUUGGGUACUUUCCCAAUCCGUGUCGUACCAAUGGGGACUCUCAGGGUUCAUUGCCUUUUCCAUCCUUAUGAUCCAUUCCCUUGGCCCGCUGAGACACGCUUUCUACGAGACCUUUCUUACCCUCCACCGGCUCAGUAUCGCCGCCGCCCUCCUCGGGGUCUGGUUUCACAUGGCCAAGCACGCACUUCCACAAUUACCCUGGGUGUAUUUAUUCUUAUCCUUUUUGUUGCUGGAAUUCCUUGGUCGAGCGUUUCGGAUCAUUUACUACAACUCAUCUUGGAAACGACGAACAUGGACCAAGGUCACCAUCGAGGCCCUUCCAGGAGAGGCAAGCAGAGUAUCAUUCGAACUCGCACGGACGUGGACCGCAAAGCCUGGGUCUUCCGCCCACAUAUAUCUACCAUCAAUUGCAUGGUUUGCUUCGCAUCCUUUCUCAAUUGCCUGGUCGAAGCCGAGGGAGGAUGUUCAGGUGAACGACGAGAAAUUACCGAAAACGAUCAAAGACCUUGAAAUCAAAGAUGGACCCAGUACCGUCUCCUGUGUCAUCCGUGCUCGCACUGGGAUGACCCGCAAGCUCUACAACAAAGUCUCAGGAUCAAAGUGUGGGACUGUCCAGACCUGGGGGAUUGUGGAAGGUCCAUAUGGGGGCUAUCACUCUCUGGAUUCCUACGGAACUGUUGUUCUUUUCGCUGCUGGCGUGGGAAUCACCCAUCAAAUCUCCUUUGUACGGCACCUCCUCAUAGGCCACAAUAACCGCUCUGUUGCAGCGAGGAAGGUCUGUCUAGUCUGGUCUGUUCAAAAUCCAGCAAUGUUUGAAUGGAUACAACCCUGGGUAGACGAGAUCAUGGCUUUGCCGAACUACCAGGAUGUUGUUCGCAUCCACCUCUACGUUUCGAGAAGGCAACCCAGCCAUGAUAGCGCUGCUUUGCCCGCCGGCGUGGACGUCUGGUACGAGCGUUGCAAUCCCCAGGAAGUGGUUGACCGUGAGGUAUUGGCGCAGGUUGGCGCCAUGGCGGUUACAGUGUGCGGCCCUGGGGCUUUUAGUGACAGCGUCAGAGCGGCAACACGGAGAAGGACAGGUAUCCGAAGCGUUGAUUUUAUUGAGGAGGCGUUCUCCUACUGAUCUGGGUUUGAGGUGACCGAUUGACAUGACUUAUGACUCACUCUCUUGCCAUUUAGCCUUUUCCUUGUACUGCACAUGGGACCUAGAGCGGAACAUCAACAGGGAGGACGUUAGAUAUGGAACCUGUUACUGGACUUGGAAAGCAUACGUAGAAUAUUUGUAUCGUUGGCUUAUUUGGACAUGCC